CCGUUACUACGUCGUUGUGAGAACGCAUGCGCUGUGCUCUCCAUCCUCGGAUGCGCGCAUAAAAGAAAGAGGGAUUUUGAGUGGUCAACAAAUUCCGCUGUGUUUUGGCCUUUUGCGAAUAAUAUAGAAUAGCUACCUAGUUACCUUGCUUUCGGGCAAACCCACGGGUGACCUACAAUUGCAGGAUCCCCUAAAACCCAAACAUGGCGGAUAAAGAAGUGUACGACGAUGCAGUCGAGGAGCGGGUCAUCAAUGAAGAAUACAAAAUCUGGAAGAAGAAUACUCCUUUCCUCUAUGACCUGGUGAUGACCCACGCGCUGGAGUGGCCCAGUCUCACUGUGCAGUGGCUACCUGACGUCAACAGGCCGGAUGGAAAGGACUAUGCAGUCCACAGACUGGUACUGGGAACUCACACGUCAGAUGAGCAGAAUCACCUGGUGAUCGCCAGCGUACAGGUCCCCAACGAUGACGCCCAGUUUGAUGCUUCUCACUACGACAGUGAAAAAGGAGCAGAAUUUGGAGGUUUUGGAUCAGUGAGUGGAAAGAUAGAGAUUGAGAUCAAGAUAAACCACGAGGGUGAAGUGAACCGGGCCAGGUACAUGCCUCAGAACCCCUGCAUCAUUGCUACCAAGACCCCCACCUCAGACGUACUGGUCUUUGACUACACCAAGCACCCUUCCAAACCAGACCCCAGUGGUGAGUGCAGUCCAGACCUGCGUCUGCGGGGCCACCAGAAGGAGGGCUACGGCCUGUCCUGGAACCCCAACCUCAGUGGAAACCUGCUCAGUGCUUCUGAUGACCACACGAUCUGCCUGUGGGACAUCGGUGCUGGUCCUAAGGAGGGGAAGAUAGUGGAUGCUAAGACCAUCUUCACCGGUCACACUGCAGUGGUGGAGGACGUGUCCUGGCACCUGCUCCACGAAUCACUGUUUGGCUCUGUGGCUGACGACCAGAAACUGAUGAUCUGGGACACACGGUCCAACAACACGUCCAAGCCCAGCCAUGCAGUGGACGCCCACACUGCAGAGGUCAACUGUCUGUCCUUCAACCCCUACAGCGAGUUCAUCCUGGCCACCGGCUCUGCAGACAAGACUGUUGCUCUCUGGGAUCUGCGUAACCUCAAACUGAAGCUCCACUCGUUUGAAUCGCACAAGGAUGAAAUCUUCCAGGUGCAAUGGUCCCCUCACAACGAAACCAUUCUGGCUUCCAGUGGAACAGAUAGAAGGCUCAACGUAUGGGAUCUCAGUAAAAUCGGCGAGGAACAGUCUGCUGAAGAUGCAGAGGAUGGACCUCCAGAACUCCUGUUCAUCCAUGGAGGACACACAGCGAAGAUUUCUGAUUUCACAUGGAACCCCAACGAGCCUUGGGUCAUCUGCUCCGUCUCCGAGGAUAACAUCAUGCAGGUUUGGCAAAUGGCUGAGAACAUCUAUAAUGAUGAGGAGCCUGACACCCCUGCUUCAGAGCUGGAGGGUCAAGGGUCGUAACCGCCUACUCCACCCCACCUUACCCCAGCCCAACCCACCAACCACCUCCUGGUGCAUCCCUCUCCUCUUGUACAGUAUUUCACAUUGUAGCCUCCAGCUCUACCUGACAGACAUUCUGUUUCCCAUAUAGAAGCAUUCUUCUGGAUUUGGUUUGAUAUAUUGAUCAAGCAGCCCUUACAGGUACAAAGGGCUGGUUUCCUGAACACAGAUUUAAGCGUAGUUCUUAACUUAAAAGCAUGUUCAAUGGAUAUUCACAAUUGGCUGUGCUUCUUAGUCCAAGACUAGGCACUCUGUCCAGGAAACUGGUCCAAAGUGUAUAGAAGUUGUUUAUAAAAGGAUAAUCUCAUCUGAGUGAAAUGAACCAUGCAGGUGGACAGUUCAAAUGCACUUGGUAAAGCAGGGGUUCUUUUCCACCUGUCUAAAUACGGAGUUCCUUCGGUAUCGUUUCUGCUUUGACUUGAGGCAAGUGACUAAAUCAUUUUCAACCUUGGAUUUUUUUUUUUUUUGUGCAUAAAUUGCAAUAAAGUACUUUUUGUAACUUUUAAAAUUAAGUGUUUCUUUUGUUUUCUAUAAAUCACCUAAGAAAAUGUAACCCAUUUACGGACUCCAACUGAAUUAUUCCACUGUGCUGUUCGCCACAUAUCAGACUGACAUCGCCACUGUGCUGUUCGCUACAUAUCAGACUGACAUCGCUACAUAUCAGACUGACAUCGCCACAUAUCAGACUGACAUCGCCACUGUGCUGUUUGCUACAUAUCAGACUGACAUCGCCACUGUGCUGUUUGCUACAUAUCAGACUGACAUCGCCACUGUGCUGUUUGCUACAUAUCAGACUGACAUCGCCACUGUGCUGUUCGCUACAUAUCAGACUGACAUCGCCACAUAUCAAACUGACAUCGCCACUGUGCUGUUUGCUACAUAUCAGACUGACAUCGCCACUGUGCUGUUCGCUACAUAUCAGACUGACAUCGCCACUGUGCUGUUCACUACAGACUGACAUCGCCACUGUGCUGUUUGCUACAUAUCAGACUGACAUCGCCACAAAUGGCUUCAAAGUUGGCGAUUGGACCAUUCGAGUAUCAACGCCAAUUUACUUGUGUAUUCUGGUUCCAGGAACCGAUGGGUUGGACCAAUCAGAAUGUGUCUGGAAGUCUGAGUUACUGAGCCAAACUCAUUGUGGCCGAAGGAAAAACUAACGUCCGUGGGCAUAGUGUUUGGCCAGAGCAAGGAGUCUGGGAAGCCACGCAAGUGUGUGUGUGUGUAUACUGCCUAGAAAUUAACAUCAUUCACAAGACCAAUUUAAACAUCGAGCAAACUAGGAAAUUAAAAUGACAACCAAAUUUGAAAUACUACAAAAUAGUUUAUUGAAAAGCGAGAGACGGGACUAUAAGAACAUUUCACAAUCUUCUAAAGGGGAAUGUGGGCUCAACGCUUUCUGAACAUAAACUAGCUCUGCUUUCACAGUUCUCACCUGCAGAGGUAGAUGUCUUUACGUAACCUGAGUUUGACUGGCGGGCAUCCACAAUAGCCUGAGCGCCAGUCUGUUUGUGCUUUUUGCCUACUUCAUUGCUGUCAGUCAAGCCAAACAUUUAGCAUGACAAUGAGUUGGCAUAAUAGCCCAAGCAGAUGGACUCAGGCUACAUCCAACUGGCCUGGACCACAUCACACAGUAAAGUAUUGAACUUGAUUUAGACUUGAGGGGGUUAAGAUGCAGUACCCCCCCCAAACCGUGGCUUGGACCCAUCUUAACAUUCACCUUUAAAACUUCAGGGGCCGUGCUCUGAAUUACAUCCUUAUGACUUCACAAGAAAACAAAAAGACAAUGUAAGCUGGUGAUAUCUGAGGUCGAUGACAGGGUGAUCGGGCCAGUAGGGGAACCUGGGUAGUGUUUAUUAGGGCACGGAUCCGAUCACGGUUUAAAUAUUUUGCAGCUGGAAACAGUUUCAGUGAUUGAACCCAGUUUCAAUUUGUUUUCUUGUUUGAUGCCUAAUGAACACAACCCUGACCUGAGGCCCAAAACCACCAUCAUUCUCAUUACAAGAGAUUGGUUACAUUUGUUUCACAUUGUCGGCAAAUAUCUCCAAUGCCAAAUAAGUUCUUAGUGAACGUUCGCAUUGUGUUUGUAUA